GGAUGCCUGCCUGGGUCCUGUUUGUCAAUCCUGUCACUGGAUUGGCUGUCCUCCAACAACACACCUUGUUUGUAUAAACCACACCAGACGGUAGCGGGGGUGCAGUUGUACGCCGACUAAGAAUCUAACCAGGGUAGAAGCACCGGUUCGUUCACAUAUCAUGGGAUUUCAUCAUUUCAAACCGGAAUGCAAAAUGACGGCUUCUUUUUCCAUUCGGAUAUGCCUUUUAUGACUUUCCGUGCCUUGUAUGUGCGCUGAUAAGGAGGGAUAUCCUGGACCUGUAGCGGCUCCAUGUCGAACUGAUGUGUUUGUAAUAUAUAAUAAAUUAUAAUAAUAAAGGAAAUGCGACGUCAUUUGAAGAAGAAAACUGUUGCUUUGGCAGUGCUGCUUGUCAUCGGGGGCUUGUACUUUGUUGGCCAUUCAGACUUCCUCCUUGUUGGCCUGGGAAGGUCACAAGAACCAGUUCCAAAUGAGUUAAAAUGGCAAGCAGAAAGGCUGAUUAGUAAUGAGUCCUGGGUUGAACAAGGAGAUUUCCUGCCUUUCAACAUAUCCUACCAGCUGCUUGCAGGAGCUCCAUUUACUCAACAGAGGUUUCUUGCUGUUGGCCUUUCAUCGGUGAAGAGGACAAAGGGGACCUAUCUGAUUUCAACUUUGCAGUCCCUGUUCUCCCAGUCAUCUCCUGAGGAGCGCUCCUCCAUGGUGGUGGUAGUGUUGCUGGCAGAGUUUGAUGUCAGGUGGAGAGUAUAUACAACAAAAGAGAUCAAAACAGCAUUUUCUUCAGAGUUAGAACAAGGCCAACUGGUGGUUAUACAUGUUCCUGAGGAGUUUUACCCUCCUCUUACAGGUCUAAAGAGGAACUUCAAUGAUGCCCCAGACAGGGUGUCUUUCCGCUCCAAGCAGAACGUAGACUACUCAUUUCUGAUCCACUACAGUGCUGGACUUGGCAAGUACUACCUCCAGCUGGAAGAUGACGUUUCCUCUGCAAAAAACUUCCUUAGUACUAUUAAACUGCGCAUUAAUGAACAAAACACGAAGAAGACCACCUGGGCGAUGUUGGAAUUUUCGGUCCUUGGCUACAUAGGGAAACUCUACAAAUCAGCUCACCUUCCUCUUCUGGCCCGCUUCCUUUUCCUCUUUUACCAAGAAAUGCCCUGUGAUUGGUUAAUGACCCACUUCCGUCUGGUCAUGACACAGAAGGACACAAUUCUGUUCAAACCCUCACUUUUCCAACACAUGGGCACCUUCUCCUCUUUUCAAGGAACAUACAACAAGCUAAAGGACAAGGACUUUGAGGAGGGGCUCUACUCAAAUCCAGUAGCAGAUGUUUACACCAAUAUGUCUACUUAUCAGAAAAACUAUCCCAAACUGGCCUGGGAGGCUGGGGAGGGAUUUUUCUGGGGACGCUCCCCAGAGAAAGGGACUUACCUGACUGUUGUUUUCAAAGACCCUACAGUGGUGACAGGGAUUUCAAUAGAAACAGGCUCAGGUGGUAAAGACCUCCUGGAGGCAGCUCAGGUAGAGCUGGGCCAUGAUGUGAUUGACAGUGGCAAAGAGGAGAAAACUUGUAAAACGUUCCAGUUGCUCGGGCAACUAGAGAACGGGAGGCUUGAGUUGCAGGGGAUAGACAAGAAGCAUGGCUCUGCUUCGUCCUGUUUGAGAAUACUUGUUACAGCAGGACAGAAGGAUUGGGUAAUCAUUAAAAAAAUAAGAAUCUCAACAAGUUAAGAAGGAAUACACCUCCGCACUGGGGCUGUCCCUGACCAAAGAUUUCCCUAGUUGCUAGUUCCAUAGUUGACUAGAUUUUUUUCAUGUUGAUUGAUUUUUAUUUAAUAAAUUCAAAUAUAAAUUGGUCAAUCUAAAAAAAACAAAAUAAAAAUUACCCAUAGGUGUGAAUGUGAGAGUGAUUGGUUGUUCGUCUCUGUAUGUCAGCCCUGUGAUGAACUGGCGACUCGUCCAGGGUGUACCCCGCCUUUGCCCAUAGGUAGCCGGAAUGGGCUCCAGCACACCCUGUGACCCUAGUGCGGAUAAAGCGGGUUCAGGAGAUGAAUGAAUGAAUGAAGUUCAAAUAUAUCUUUUUAUGAGGAUAAGAAAUAUAUUUGAGUUCCAAGCCUGUGAAACAAUGUUAACUCUGUGUUACAUCACAGAGAAAUAAAAGAAACAUUAAUAAAAAUGUUUGAAAUGUUACUUUUAUAGAGGAAGCAGCAGAAAUAGUAAUGUCUCUGAAUGUCUGAACAUUUUGUUAAUUUAUUUCAAUCUCAGUUCUGUCAUUUACAUCACCAUGAAUGUGUUUACAGAGAGAAAUGGACAUUAGGUUAAACAGUAACUAAGAUAAUUUAAUUUCCUCAGUUUCCAUGAGCCUAAUGGUCCAUAUGUAUCUGUGUUAUUGAAUUGGAGCUGGCAGCCAUGUUAAGUCAUUAACAUUAGGUAACGCAUUUUGAAUAAUAAGCCAUAUUUGAGGUUUUUGCACUUCACUUUCUUGGGGAAUUAGAUAAUAGGUCAUGUAAACGAUCAUGUCCGUGGAUGACUGAAUGAGUGUUGUUUCCUGUGGAGUUUUGUUUGCCUGCAACCAACCAACCAAACAGGACUUUGUUGACUACAGAUCUACUCCUUGACUAAUAUUUGGUCGGCUAUGAGCGUUUUCCUACUACACACUAAGCCUACAUGUGAAAUUACUUUUCAGAUAAAUGUUCUGAGUCUGAGUAUCUGGUUUGAUCUGCUGAACCUUGCUUUGAGAUUAAAGCAUGUGAUUUCUGUGCCUUAGAAAUAGUUUCAUUAAUGUCUGUUCAAUGAAACUGUGCAAACCUAUUGAAUGUUUGAUUAAGCUCUGUCCUUUAAAAAAAUCCUUCAUAAUGAAGCGAUUCUCCAGAAUAUCAGCAGUAUGCACACAAUUCCUUGUGUUGAAUAUAUUUGUAUGAAUAAAAUUGCUGUGUUCACAC